CUUUUCUUUCUUGGUCAAAGGUUGGGAAGCGUUGCCAUUCUGGUGCCAUGCUUGACUUAGUGGACGUUUCCUCACUGCUCUACAGACUUCAGUUGGAAGGUAACGAGAUAAAGGAUCGGUGGAGAGAGCUGUUUCAUUUGUGGGAGUCACACACAGAUGAUCACAUUCUGGUUUUCAAUGAUGUUCAUAUGUUGAUGUGUACACUGGGAGCUAAGAAGGAAGAUGCAACACUAAAUCUAUUGAUGUCACUUAGAGAUUAUGUUAGGGGAUGUUUGCCAUCACCUGGAACUCCUUGCGUUUUCAAUGAUGUUCAUAUGUUGAUGUGUACACUGGGAGCUAAGAAGGAAGAUGCAACACUAAAUCUAUUGAUGUCACUUAGCGAUUAUGUUAGGGAUGGCUCAGGAACAAAUUGCGAAGUAUCUAGAGAGAUUGGUUUGGCCCUCUGUGAAGCAUUUGAACAGGGAAACUUCCACAGAGCUGUGGACAUUUUAAAACCCCUCCGUUGUGACGUUGUCAACAUUGGGGGCAGUAACGCACAGCAGGACAUCUUCGACUUGUUCCCAAUUUACGCUGCUCUCAAUUCUUCACGAAAAGAGCAUCAUCACUUGGCAAGGUAA